UUACUAUGAUGUGAAUGUCGUAAAGCGCACCCUGUCUCAAAGAGUCCUUCGCGUCUUGAAUUGAAGACAUGUUCACAGAUUGACCGUGACUAUCACUUGACGCAUGUCUGCGAUACCGGGCAUCAACUUCUCUUGCACAAAGCUACAAUAUUACAGCACAUCCAAAACUGCGGGAAAGAUUGAAAAAGCAUUUGUACAACACUCACUGUUUUCUCCCACACAAACCUCGACUUGGUAGCUGAUCAGCCCCACAUCACCCAGAGAACAUGCGAAACCACGACGAAGAAGCUCACCAAGAGCGCCAAAUGCUCGCUUGCGCCACGGUCGUCCAUGAUAUCCCGAUUGAGCAUCUACGAAUUCUACGGCUGCCCGUCCAGGUGCAAGAUAGCGAACUUAGUGACGAUUCCGAAGAGCCACAGUGGGUUGCGGUCCUAGUGCAUACAAAAGGCAUGCGCAAGAUUCUUGCGGAGACUGUACCGCAGAUGUCCGAGUCGCGCAGCGAAAAUGCCUUGCUGCUCAUGCUCCAACAAGAGUCCAAGAAGAAGCUCUUUGGGGAUCGCAUCUUCACCAGGAAUGCGAGAGCUAGGUGGUAG